AUGAUUCUAGACUUGUCGCAACCCAAAACAGAUAAAGAUCAUAAAGAUAAUCAAUGUUUUGUAGAACUCUGGAAGACUCAUGUUAAAUUUGCCGUGCAAAAAUUGUGGAACUUGGAUACUAAUAGAUUAACGCCAGGUGUUGAUUAUGAUCUUAACUUGCCUGUGAUACGUCAAAAAGGAGAUAACACACCAGAACAUUUAUUUAAAUUUGUAUCUAAUAAACCUAGCAAAAUGCCAACAUUUCAAUUAUUUUAUCAUUUGCUUGAUAAUUACAUUCCGGAAACCGGUAUACCGGAAGAAGUUGAUACUCAUGAAUUAAGCGAAAAUCAGGCUUUCAUUAAAGCAUGUUUACAAACUGCUCCAAUGAUUUACACUUAUAAUUAUUUAAAAGCUAAAGGGAAAUUUCAUGGAACUGAAGCUGAUUUUGAAAAGGAACUUGAUACGUUAUGGUUUAAAUUAUAUAGAAGAGAAGGUCGUGGUCAAGAUUCUUCAGCUUUUGAGCACGUUUUUGUAGGUGAAAUUAGAAACGGGGAAGCAAAAGCUUUUCAUAAUUGGAUUACGCUUUACUUUUAUGAGAAAGCCGGUAAAAUUGAUUAUGAAGGUUUCGUUCCAAGUAAAAAUGAAAAGCCCGACCCGACUUCUCAUGUAAUUCCCAUAAGAUUUACGUUUAAAGGAGCUCUUAAACCCUUCUCCACUUCAUUCAUCGGCACUGCUCCAGAAUUUGAAUUGUCAAUGUAUACAUUGUUAUUUUAUUUUGGAAAGCAAGAUACUAGAGUGAUAUUAGAUGAUAUUAAUUUAAACAUUAAGAUUUAUCCUUUUUAUGAAAAAGGUGGUGAUGGUUCAAAAUUAAUAGGUUCCGCUUUUCCUGAGAUUGUUUAA